UGUGCUUGGACGAGGAUAGUACGGUCCUGGUGAUGGGUCACCACUGCUGCAGCAAGCAGAAGGUCAAGAGGGGCCUAUGGUCUCCUGAAGAAGAUGAGAAGCUGAUCCAGUAUGUCACCGCCCAUGGCCAUGGUUGCUGGAGCACUAUCCCCAAAGAAGCAGGGUUACAGAGAUGUGGAAAGAGCUGUAGGCUACGGUGGAUCAAUUACUUGAAGCCUGACCUAAAAAAGGGUUCCUUCUCAGAAGAAGAAGAAAGAAUUAUCAUUGAUGUGCACAGGAUCUUAGGCAACAGGUGGGCUCAGAUAGCAAAGCAUCUCCCUGGAAGGACAGACAAUGAGGUCAAGAACUUCUGGAACUCAUGCUUAAAGAAGAAGCUGAUAGCACAAGGCUUGGAUCCGAUGACCCAUAACCUAAUCCCUGCUUCUCGUUCCUCCACCGGCAACAAUUCAGAUGAGCUUUCUCAACUCCACUGCACCUCUACUACGCCCUUCACCAUUACCUCCCCCAUUAAAAGCUUUGAUAAAAUGAAGAAGUCCAUCGACUUGAAUCCACAUUUGCUGCCACUGCCGCAUGCUUCUACUUUUCCCUUUCCUGAGAUACUACCACCUGUGUCCAACUUCCAGUUCAAAGACAGCCAUGAAUUAAUGAGCUUCAAGGAUCAGAAUUUUACUGAUGGUUUUGCUUCUUUAGACCAAACAAACAUAUCCUCCACUUCAUUAAAUCAACCUAGUUUUAUGGAUGAUUGCAUGUGGGACAGAACCAUGGAGGCCUUGGAAGCCCUAAAGCAAAGUGAGGUAGGACAUGCAGCAGGGAAAGAUCAGAUGCAAGUGCAACCCACCAUGUGCGAGAUGGACUUCAGUGAGGCCAAUGAGAAGGGGCCAGUGAUCAUGGAGGCAUCUACCUUCGAACUUGAGAUGUUGGACAAUACAUUGUUCCCUUGUGGAGAAUUUCGCAAUGGAAGCUCAAUGGAGCAGCUGCAAUGGGAUUGUUAGGGUUGAUUCCUUCAUUUUGCAUCUUUACUUCUCCUUUCAGCUUAAAAUCUUCUAAGCUGUUCUGAAAGAUGAUCUCAGAAGGUGAAACAUUUCUGAGGUUAUCUGACACUUCCUUAACAUUACUUCUUUUAUGGAUCAGAUCAAUAUCAAUUCACAUUGCUCUCAUGUUUACCACCGUGCAUCUGUAGAAACAAAUGAAAGCUAGGAAAAGGGUUGCUUUUGGUUCUGUUUUGGAUUGGCCAAGUGUAAUUGCAAGCAUAUA